UAUUUGCAGUAUAGCUUCAGUUGCCACUUAAAGAGCACAAAUUUAUAACAUGUUGUCUAUUUCCCUCCCAUUAAUACUUGUCCAAGGUGACAGCUGCCUUACUGACAUGACAUAUGGCUAUGACACAGAAUUCAGCUGCUGCAGUUCAUAGCAUGAGGCCCUUUAUUCCAGAUAAAGAUGUAGGAGUGUUUGAGACAUUUCUGGAAGACAUUGGGAUCCGAGAGGGUGGGAUUUUGACGGACAGUUUUGGCCGGAUCAAGCGGAGCAUGAGCAGCACAUCUGCCACAGCAGUCCGUGGCUAUGAUGGCUGGACUCUCUCCUCCGGUUCAGGAUCUCAACUGCAGAAUUGAUGACAUCACACACAACGUUGAGGCUUUAGG